AUGAGCAGGUGGCUAUUAAUUCCCAAAGAUAUUUUCAAAUCUAUUCUAGUCAAACAAAUGAGCUUUCGACAAAAGCUUGUAAAAACAUGCAGUGCUGUUACCGACUGUGCUACUGGUAAUUGUUCUGGUAGCUCAUGCCAAGCAAAAGAAUGUGCAGCUUUAACCGAUUGUCCCAGUGGUCUUUGUUCUGGAGGAUUCUGUCAAGUAAAAGCAUGCAGUGCUAUUACAGACUGUCCUACUGGUUCUUGCACUGGUGGCUUAUGUAAACCUAAAGCAUGUAGUGGUGUAGAAGAUUGUCCGAGUGGAGUUUGCAUGGGAGGAAUAUGCCAAGUAAAAGCAUGUGCAGCUGCAACGGACUGUCCUACUGGUGCUUGUUCUGAUGGUGUAUGUCAGGUAAAUCCAUGUGCCGCUGCCACCGAUUGUCCGAGUGGUGUCUGCUCUGGAGAAUUUUGUCAAGUAAAAGCAUGUAUUGCUGGAACAGAUUGCCCCACUGGUAGAUGUUCUAAUGGUCUAUGCCAGGCUAAUCCCUGUACAGAUAAUACCGGAUGCCCAAGCGGCGUGUGUACCGAAGCCUUUUGCGAUGUAAAAGCAUGUAGUGUUGGAACAGAGUGUCGUAGUGGUGGUUGUGUUAAUAAUGUAUGCCAAGGUGAGUUACCUGAUACUAUGAAACCCUUAAAAUAUUGCUUAUGUUUUCGUUUAGCUGAAGCGUCUAAUCCAUGCACUGAUAACACCGGAUGUCCAAGUGGCACAUGUGCUAGCGGGUUCUGCGCUGUGACAACAUGCAAGACUGGGACAGAUUGUCCUACUGGUGGUUGUUCAUCGGGUGGUGUAUGCAUUGUGACAAGCUGCAAGGCUGUCUUUGAUUGUCCUACUGGUGCUUGUUCGGCUGAUGGUGUAUGCGUUGCUAAUCCAUGUGCUGACGAUACUGGAUGCCCAAGUGGCACAUGUACUAAUGGUUUCUGCGCUGUGACAACAUGCAAGACUGGGACAGAUUGUCCUACUGGUGGUUGUUCAUCGGGUGCUCAGUUCUGCAGCGGUAAUACUGGAUGUCCGAGUGGCACGUGCACUAACAAUUUCUGUGCUGUCACAACCUGCAAGGCCGCCACUGAUUGUCCUACUGGUGCUUGCUCGGCUGGAGGUGUAUGCAUUGCUCAUAGCUGCAACGAUAAUACUGCAUGUCCAAGCGGCGCGUGCACUAACAGUUUCUGUGCUGUAACAACCUGCAAGGCUCCUACAGAUUGUCCUACUGGUGCUUGCUCAGCUGGCGGUGUAUGCGUUGCUCAGAGCUGCAACGAUAAUACUGCAUGUCCAAGUGGCUCAUGUACCAACGAGCUCUGCGCUGUAACAUCAUGCAAGGCUGGGACGGAUUGUCCUACUGGUGCUUGCUCAGCUGGCGGUGCAUGCGUUGCUCAGAGCUGCAGUGAUAAUACCCAAUGUCCAAGUGGCUCGUGCACUAACAACUUCUGUGCUGUGACAACCUGCAAGGCUGGAACAGAUUGUCCUACUGGUCAUUGUUCGGAUGGUGGAGUAUGUGUUGCCAAUCAAUGUGCUGAUAAUACUGAAUGUCCAAGUGGCACAUGUGCUAGUGGGUUCUGCGCUGUGACUGCGUGUACCGUUGCUGCAGAUUGUCCUACUGGUGGUUGUUCGCCUGGUGGUGUAUGCGUUGCUAAUCCAUGUACUGCUGACAAUGGAUGCGCAAGUGGUAAAUGUACGAGCAAUUUUUGCGAAGUGAAAGCUUGUGGCACUGAUGGAGAUUGUCCAUAUGGCAUCUGUUCUGGAGUCGUAUGUAAACGUAAGUUGUAUAUUGACGCAAUGGAAAAAGUGAAUCGAAUGCACCUUUUUGUGAAACGAUAA